AAAGUUUAUUAUUCACAUUCAUAUUCAAUAUCAGAUACACUGUACAUGAGUCAAUUAUUGUUGAGUUUGGCGAACUUCCAAACUUCCCAUAGUAUCAUUUAAUACCACGACGGGUGGUAUCAUUACCACGACGGGUGAUCAUGUCCGGCGCUCGACGCCUAAUCAAAUUUUAGUGAAAUGAGAAAAUAUCGUAUACCACGGAACUGAAUCUACGGUGUGAAUCACACCAUAAUCGCAUAUAAAUGGAUUAUCUUUAUUUGACGCAGAUGUUUUGAAGGUGCAAUAAACUGAGAUUCUCAUCACGGGGUGACUUAAACUCUGGUGAUGGAAAAUGGAGCAUGGACUUUCUAAAGCACUGUAACUGUCAGUGUGAAUUACACCACUGUCACACAUGUGAUGUCAUUCAUAAAAUAUUUUUUUUGUCUUUUCUACAUCUUUAACUGCAAAAUAUUGAUUUUGUUAUACAACUCUAUGAAGCUCAUUAUUGCCUUUUUAUCGGAAUUCAACUCUCAACAUGCUCAAGGAGCGUAUCACUGGCUUGGCUAAACAGCUUACUGCAUCUGCGUACGGGAUAGGGUAAAUUAUGACAAGCGGAUUAUGUUGCCAACGCUGUUUACGGAGAGCACUGAAGAAAGUGAGGAGUACGACUCAAUUAAUGUUCUAGCAAAGAAGCUGCUUCAGUUCGCAUGAGUAUCGUUUUAGGAUCCGUUCUGAAUGCGGAUCAUUUGUGUAUUUCAGUUAUUGCCAAAUCAAAAGCAUAAUGUUGUUUCUCUUCACAAUGGUUCAUUUAUAGUACAUGCACGUACAUUUAUGAUUCUUACUUGAAUAGAGUGGUUUCAUGUGACGUCAUCACCAGCCAUAGCGGGGACAGACAAAAGAAGAAAGCCCAAAUCACCAUGACGUUUGCUCACAGAUGUCCAGAGGCAUGUUCGCCCUGUUCGGGGUCAACAAUGUCUCAUCCGUCAACACCGUAUUAUCCUACGCCAAUACCUUCCACAUGCCCUUCAUCACCCCCAACAUGGUAGAUGACACCAACCUAAAAACCGACACAGAUUUUAGUUGGGUGUUUCACAUGAUGCCAUCUUAUACUAAAGCUAUGGUAGAUAUCAUACAAGCAAAAGGAUGGGAGACGUUCUACUAUUUGUAUGAUUCAGACGAAGCACUUAUACGCAUUCAACAAAUCAAUAAAGCCUUAAAUGAGAAAAAUAUGCAGGUGAAAAUGGACCUCCGCCGGAUUCCAGAUGUUCAAAACGCCCUUGGCUUCCUCCGUCAUAUAGCAAGAGCUAAAAAGCCAGAAGAAAAACGAAUCAUUUUAGAUAUUGCCAAGAUGAAAGAUUUACAAGGUUUUCUUGCACAGAUCGAAGAGGUAAAGAUGGCAAAGAGAAAAUACCACUAUCUCAUUGCUGGUCUGGGAAUGCGGGAAUUGAAUCUGAAUGACUUCACCACCAAAGGGGUGAACAUCACCGGUUUCCAGCUGCUCGACAAGGACGACACGGCAGUGCAGAACUUUGUGAAGGCGUGGAACGCGCUGGAUAAGGUCAGCUGGCCAGGAACAGAGGAGGACCCAGAUCACAAAGCUGCUCUCGCCUAUGAUGGCGUCAUGGUCUUCAAGAGAGCCAUCUCCGACAUGUUGAAAGAGAAUGCCAGAGUCUUUCAGAACGUUUUCCGGGGAAAGGGCCAAGUGUACAACAAUGGCAGCAAGGGACUAAACUGCAAGUCCAGUCCACCAAUACCGUGGUCGUUCGGAGUACAAGUCGCAAGGGCUUUAAACAGGGCCGAGGACCAAGGAGUCACUGGUAAAAUCGCUUUUGAUCGAUACGGGAGGCGGCGAGACUACAAAAUCUCUGUCCUCGAGCAGGGCUUCAAACGAAACAUUGUCCCGGUGGGAGAAUGGAGCGACACCCGCGGCCUGGUGAUGAAUCCGCCUACCAUUGUAAAUGAGAAGGGGAAGGGGGAAUUCGACAACAGGACACGGACAGUCACAAGCAUUCUGGUGGAUCCUUUUCUAAUGAGGCUAAAGAAACCUCGAGAAGACGGCAAACCAUUAGUUUUUAACGACCAGUUUGAAGGUUAUUGUCUCGAUCUAUCCAAUAAAAUGGCGAAGCGAGUAGGUUUCACUUUCCUCAUCCGGGCAGUUAAAGACGGCAGCUAUGGCGGCUAUGACAAGGUCAAUGACACGUGGAAUGGUAUGAUUGGAGAGUUGGUGCGUGGGGAAGCCGAUCUAGCUGUCGCUCCCCUAACCAUCACUGCCGCCAGAGAAAAGGUGGUCGACUUUUCGAAACCAUUCAUGAGUUUAGGCAUCAGCAUCAUGAUCAAGAAGCCAGAGAAGCGGACCCCGAGUGUAUUCUCGUUCAUGGACCCUUUAUCCUCCGAGAUUUGGAUGUGUAUUGGAUUUGCUUAUAUCGGAGUUAGCGUGGUGCUGUUUCUGGUGAGCCGGUUCAGUCCGUACGAAUGGCACAUCGAGGAGGUCUCCUCGAACCCGACUGCCAAAAAUGACUUCACCAUCUUCAACAGCCUCUGGUUCAUUCUCGCCGCCUUCAUGCAGCAGGGUUGUGAGAUAUCGCCAAGGUCCAUGUCAGGUCGCAUCGUGGGAAGUGUGUGGUGGUUCUUCACUUUCAUCAUCAUAUCAUCAUACACGGCCAACUUGGCAGCCUUCCUGACCGUGGAGAGGAUGUCAGCCCCCAUAUCUGGUGCAGAUGAUCUUGCCAAGCAGACGGAGAUCAAGUACGGGAUGGUCGCCUCGGGAUCUACACAGGAAUUCUUCAAGACCUCACAGUUACCGACCUACCAACGAAUGUGGACAUUCAUGAAAUCAAACGCAGAAGAGGUCUUCCCUCCAACAACACAGGCCGGGGUUGAGAAGGUCCGUGAUUCAAAUGGAAAAUAUGCCUUCCUUCUUGAGUCGACCAUGAAUGAAUAUAUGAAUCAACAGGAGCCAUGUACCACGAUGAGAGUAGGGAGCAACCUCGACUCGAAGGGUUAUGGGGUGGCCACACCUUUCCAUUCUGAUCUCAGAGAUCAUGUGACACUUGCGGUCCUUGAAGCCAAGGAGAAUGGUGACCUUCACAAGCUUGAGCAGAAAUGGUGGUACGAAAGGAGUUUGUGUGACCUCGGCAAAGGCAGUACAAAGGAUGCCCUUCAGAAUGCCCUUGACCUUAACAACGUGGCGGGUAUCUUCCUCAUUCUCAUCUCCGGAUUAAUCUCAUCAUUGUUCACUUCAAUACUUGAACUACUUUAUAGAGCUAAAGUAGACUCAAAAAGAAAAAAGAUUCCAUUCCUGGCGUCAUUACGCUCUAAAACAUACAUCACCAUCCACGGCGAAGCGGACUCCUCCAGCACUGACCCCCUGGAGGCGGAGCUGGCCGCUCAUCAUCAUCAUCAAUACAAACCCAUGUCUACGUAUAACUACUCAGCUCCGACAAACAUCAUCAGUAUGGAUGGUUAUGCAUGCUCAGACACAAAUACACACACUCAAGUAUGAUGAUGUCGCUACUAUGGGUGGGGAUUAAAACUGGGAACUGGCCAAUCACAUUCUUUCAAACGAGGAGCUUGCUGCAGCCAACGAGAGUCUGGUUUGGUAACACGAGGAACGACGACCAAUUAGAACCCGGGUUUUAAACACGAUGAACGACAGCCAAUGGAUUUGCUCGAUUUAAGACUGGUAUAGUGUUUCAAGGAACCAAUUAGGAUGAAACCUGAUGUUUGGUGAGGCUGCGAGAGGGAAUCAUACCAAUUUGCUAGUACAUGUACGUAGUUACUUCUAAAACAGCGCGUGACCGCACUCGGCCGGGAGUAAUGAGAAGGGUACCUGUAUGGAAAAGAAUUGUUGCCCGGACUGGAAGGUUUCAUCAGAUAUAUACAAGAAGAAAAUUUUCGUAGAUGACAGCCAAUGGAUUACCUAGUUGUUGAGACGAAACUGUGAAAGUGAACUAUACUGACAAACAUGAGCUGUACUGACAAGAAUAUUCCUUCGUCCACGGGUGCAGAAAUGUGGCUUCGAAAUUGAGGAAUCACUGCUAAUGUUGGAGGCGUACAGUAGUGCGAUGGAAAUGAAGUGAUAUGAUCGAACGAAGACUAACUGGGCUAAUGACUCGAUACAUCGGCCAAAUAGGCCCUAUAGCCCGCUGGACAGGUUUUUUACUUGUACUAUUAAUGAUGCUACAGUGACUGGCGAUAAAAACAAAACUGGUUGAUUAUUCAUUCCAGCUAGGCUGGAUUUCGAUAUAUAACACCAAUGACUCGUGUAAGUUACUGGAACUGGUCUUCACCGGGCCGGGCCAGAACAGAUUAUUGCCCCGAACGGGUUUAUAUUGAAUGUCGGAUGCUUAAAAUGUGAGUGCGACAGUGGGGGUUCUCCGAAUUUUUGCGUCCAGCAAUCCUAAGUAGGCUAUAAGGGGAACUGGCUGUACGACAGGAUGGAAAGGAAUCACGCUGAUAUUUGCCCGGCCCAAGACAGGAAGCAUUCCUUUUCACCUUCAAUCACAUUAUAGACGACUUCAUUGCAUUUUAUUAUGUCUUGUAAAUAUCAAAAGACUAUAGGAACUUUUACUGUAUAUAGUAGUUAUAGCCGUCUCUGUGCGUUUUCAUUGUGAGUUGGUGAAAUAUAGCACUAGGUUUUAGUACAGUUUCUUUCUCCGAAGCAUGAUUUAAUAGGCUAGAAUUGAACAGAGAGUAACAAUAUAAUGCGUUGUUGGAGUUGGAGAAGAGCCGUCAUCAUGAUAUCGCUAAUCGGAGCAUGAUGAUUGAUGCCAGUAGGACAGGACGAGGGUGUCCCGCUAUAAAAGUGGAACGCUCGAGCCCGCAUUUUGUAUAAGAGGUUUUUUAUCAUUGGGGUGGGCGUUGUAUAAAGUGUUGAUUUAAUUAUUUCAGGUGAUUUUUGAAUCCACUUUAAAAUGAACGUAUCAUAUCAUCAACGUACUCCAAAGAUCGUAUGGUUCCCGGCGGUCUAAGGAGAAGCAAUCCCGGACCGAUAUACGCAUUGCGUUCUAUAUACAUAUAAUGUCCUUGUCAGUAUAUCAUUCUGUAAAAUGAUCUUAACCGCGAGUAAGAUGUAAAUAUUUUGCCCUGGACAGAUCUGGGGCGCUUUAUUGAGAAAAUAAAACAGAUUUAUGGAUUAGUCGGUUCAUGACAAGGCCAUUUCUUUGGAGUGCAUGCGAUAGUAUCACCUAGUUAUACCAUACUGUAGAGAUUUAUACUUAGUAUAGACGUGUAACCAUCUUCUUGAACUAAAGACUUCCAUAGAAUACGCAAGUCAUCGCCGAUUGUGGCUACUUUCGUCUUCAUGAAGGACAUGUACUCUCGUUUCGUUUCGCUAUGAAGUAGCAAAUGACUGCUGUUUUGGUGGGUAAAAUCGUACUGUAUAUAAUCUUGAAGUCAUCAUUUGAAUCACUUCUGGUUUUAUCUCAUCCACCAUGAGUGGCCCGUUGCACAAAAAUGUUUUCACUAACGUCACACCAGGCGGCGCUUUCCUCCAUGCGGUACCUCGCAUUCCUUUUAUUUUGCACGCUUUGACCAAUAUACAAAUGACAGCUAAAGUAUUUUGCAGUAAGUUGUGACACGGGUGUAUAUACAUCCGUGGUAGUGACGACCUCAGGGGUGCUACCGGGCCAGCAUCACUAAAGUGACAUGAAACAGUGUUUUUACUCCCGAACUUUGUUUUCUUAAAACGACAAUGACGAUCUAUGAGGGUGUGGCCAGAUUAGAGUAAUUUAUAAUGGAUUGAAAUGCUGUAUAUCAAUGCAAUAAAAGGUGUACAUGUUGUAAAUACGUCAA